GUGCUCAAUUCUUAUCUAGUUGCUUCUGCGACCGAAAGAACAAGCACCUUCGCCGGGGCAUCACGGACAGACAUGGCCCUACUGGAACUCGCCCUGCAAGGGGUUUCCCUCUUUGGAUUAAUUCUCUUCAUUGUACUGUGGCUCAUGCAUUUCAUGUCCAUCGUCUACGUGCGUCUUCAUUUUAACAAGAAGGCCACAGACAAGCAGCCCUACAGCAAGCUCGCUGGGGUGUCGCUGCUUAAGCCCCUCAAAGGGGUGGACCCCAACCUCAUUAGCAACCUGGAAACAUUCUUUGAGCUUGACUACCCAAAGUAUGAAAUACUCCUCUGUGUCCAAGACCAUGAUGAUCCGGCCAUCGAUGUGUGUAAAAAACUGCUGGGCAAAUAUCCCAACGUUGAUGCCAGAUUAUUUAUAGGGGGGAAGAAGGUGGGCAUCAACCCGAAAAUAAAUAACCUCAUGCCUGGAUACGAGGUGGCAAAAUAUGACCUGGUGUGGAUCUGCGACAGUGGGAUAAGGGUAAAGCCAGACACGCUCACGGAUAUGGCCAAUCAGAUGACAGAGAAGGUGGGGCUGGUGCACGGUCUCCCGUACGUGGCGGACAGACAAGGCUUCGCUGCAACAUUAGAGCAGGUCUACUUCGGGACGUCCCACCCGCGCUCCUACAUCUCGGCCAACGUGAUGGGGAUCAAGUGCGUGACGGGGAUGUCGUGCCUGAUGAGGAAGGACGUCCUGGACCAGGCGGGGGGGCUGAUCGCCUUCGCGCAGUACAUCGCCGAGGACUACUUCAUGGCCAAGGCCAUCGCCGACAGGGGGUGGAAGUUCUCCAUGGCGACGCAGGUAGCCAUGCAGAACUCCGGCUCUUACUCGAUCGCGCAGUUCCAGUCUCGCAUGAUCAGGUGGGCCAAGCUGAGGAUCAACAUGCUCCCGGCCACCGUCUGCGAGCCUAUCUCUGAGUGCUUCGUGGCCAGCCUCAUCAUCGGCUGGGCGGCGCACCACGUGUUCCGCUGGGACAUCAUGGUCUUCUUCAUGUGCCACUGCCUGGCCUGGUUCAUCUCCGACUACAUCCAGCUGCGAGGCAUCCAGGGAGGACCCCCGUCCUUCUCCAAGCUGGACUACGCUGUAGCCUGGUUCAUCAGGGAGUCCAUGACGAUACAGAUCUUCCUCUCUGCACUGUGGGACCCCACGAUAAGCUGGAGGACAGGCCGCUACCGGUUGCGCUGUGGAGGUACAGCAGAGGAGAUUCUGGAAGUAUAACCCAAACAGGGCCCAGAGACUUUUUGGACGCUAGCGAAAAAUGGGUAACAGAAGGCAAUCUAAAAUGCAGAGCGGGAAGAAAAAACAAAAACAAAAUAGGACCGUUGUUUGGGACGAGGAUUCAACUUUUGAUAGUUCUUAUGUGUUGAAAAAAAAUAUGAAACAAGUGUCGAGUAUUUAUAUUGUACGUGCUCCUGGUUAUUUUCCGUUUUUAUUUGAAGGAUGGGUGUCCUGCUCCAGAGAACAAGUGUGUGAUGAAGGUAAGGAGAAAAAGAAAAAAUGAGCAGGCAAAUACUUAAAGUAAAGUGGGGGUUUAAACUAAGCUUAUGAUUCAGAAGGGCGUUGUUACAGGAGCAAGAGCAAAUAGUAUAAAUUCUAACACUGUGGGCCUUUUAUUUCAAUUUUUUUUUUUUUUUUGUAAAUCAUGGUGACACAUUCCAUUGAGUGGUUAAGAACAACAUUGUAUUUAUCGUAGUCUGGCGAAUAUUGCCAGUCGAAUACCAUUUACAAUAAUUUGUUGUGGAAAUGUGACAACCUCUCAGUUCAGCUGAUAAAUUAUCAGUAAACGAUGUUUAACAUUCAACAUUUACCGGUGAACGAAAUUACCGGUAAAUGUAGCGCUUUUUGCAGCUGGUGGACUAUUUCUGCCUUUGUUCUGUGCAGUUUGCGUCCACUUAGUGCAGUGUUGCCAUGUUUGUCGUGCGAAAGGCUACUGAAAGCUUAAACUAAACUGAUCCACUCAGGACCGCUUUGCGUUAACUCGUCAAAUAUUUAGAGCAAUAUCUUCAUUGUAAGCGGAGGUAACAAUUCUUAUUGCCCUCUUUCGGGGGUUUAGAGCUGUCUUCGAGAUCGGUAGUGUUUUCGCCUAUCUCGAGACCAUGUUGACUGGAACAUCCGCUCGAAACCCUGCACUGGCUAGCCCGUGCCCGUUUAGCCGGCUGGGAAACACGGGGCUUCGAUUUGAUUCCAGGAGAGGACGCGAGGCGUUGUUUUUUCAGUUUUCGGACUUUUGAAAUACCACAAUACAUUUCCUGCUCAAGUUCUUUGGAAGUACUUAAAACGUCUGUACUAGUGCAUAUCUGUAGCUCUAGUUACGUAGCUGUCUUAGGAAUCAAAUAUAGGAAAGGAAGGAGCUUGUGUACGUUACAGGUCUGUAGUUGCGUUAGCCCAUAGCCUUUCUAGUCGAUUCGCAGUUUUUACAGUUCUCAUCGUUUUGUCAGGAAUUCACGUGGGCAUUUGUUAUUGUGCAUAAAUAUUGCUCUGUUCCAUGAAGUGCAGUCAGUAUUUUCGUAAAACAAAUUGUAAGGUGGCAGGAAUAUUCAUUCAUUUUCACUAGGAUGCGGAAGUCCAGACAGUCCUUGUGUUUCAAACUUGCGUCCCAUUUCAUCACACUUUGUUAAGUAGGCAGUUUGCCUAUGCAAAUACGGAUUUGUUAAUUAUGUAUACUAUAUAAUGACUAUGCAAGUACAUAUUGUUGUAAGACAUGCAUUUGCAUAAAGGGUUAGUUUGUUUUGAGGUUAGGCUUGGGUAACAUGAAUUGCUGGUGGGGAUGUGGUAAUUGUUAAGGCGAAUUGCUUGCUUAACAAAAAGUAUUCAUUUUACUUCUUCAAAAAAUUCUCUUGAAACACUUGCAGUGUUUUGAAUGCAGUCCAACAUAUGCCAAAUGACUGGUGCAGAUAAUUCCAUAAUUUCACAAUAUUGGUCACUGAACAGCAGAGAAGGUGCAUUUCAAACCGUGGAGCGUUCAGAGACAUUAUAAAGUUUGCACUUCCUGACAAGCCUGAGAGAGUCGCUUGUAACCUGAAGACCGUCAAAUAUUGAUAUGAUAUUUACGCAGCAGAGAUGAAAAACAUGUUUCCGUUGGGUAACAUGAAUAGGCUGUUAAGGUGACUCAUGCCAUACCAGUCAGAAGUACCUAUUGUUGAUGCUUUCAAUACCGACCUUAGAAUCUCUACUCAGGAUGUCUCCCCUCUGACUUCAGUCUCUCUCUCAACAUGGGGUUCACCACGGCACCGUGUCUAAUCGACCGACACUGCAGGUCUCCCUGACGGAAUUUUCUCUCAAAAACAGAAUUCUUUGGCAGAAACCAUUACUGUAAGCAGCACCCCAGAAUGCGACAGGCUGUUGCAGUGAACACACAGUGUGUGUACACAGUGCUUAUUUAUAGCUGGGAGACCAAUGCUGCGGGUAUACAAACCUGCAUUAUAAACACUUAGCUUUGAGAGCAAAUUCCGUUUCCAACCCAUUCUGUUUGUUCACCUCUGAACAGAAUGUUGGAAAAUGUGUGCCAGACUUGUGUGUGGACGAGAUAUUAGAGACUAAAUGCACCUGUAAGGCUAAAAAUGCUGUAUACAAUAGCUAGAGCAUCAACAGAGGUAUUUGAGUGGGAGGAAUGCUUGUCGGCAAUGGUUAGCCUGUCUGCGUUUGCGUAGUCAUUCUGGGUAAAAAUUUUACAUUCCUGAAAGGUGCACAUUGGUUUAUUCUGCUGUUUUAUAUAGGAAUUGCUUGAAAGCCCAUAUCAAAAUUACAUAUUUAUUAUUGGCAACAUGCUAUGUCAUAACUUUUGCAAAUAUAAGAACAAUAAAAAAAUUGUUCAUAUCAGUAAUCACAAAGGCUACUGUAUUUUAGAGUGUGUGAUAUGGUAAUGUCACCUAAGGAUUGGACUAUGUAGCAAAGCUGAUACAAAAUUAUGCUAGCUAUUCAUUAAUUAACUUCUCCCUUCACAAGACCUGGCUAGCAGCCAUAUUUUGACUGGUUUUUACUAGUAACUCCAUUCCCACCCUUAGAUUUCUGCAGGUUAGACUUGUAAUUAUUUUUUCAUUAUCUGGUGCUUUAAAUGAUAGAUUUUGUUCCUUGUAUCGUCUCUUACUGAUGUAUUUGUUAUAUAGCCCAUCUCAUUACACUGUACAACACAUGAUCUGUGAACAAAUAUAGUAGUAUACUCACUAUAAAUAUGGUAGCACUACAAAUGUAGUUGCCACGCCUAAAACUUAGUUUUUUGUUUUUUUUUGAGAGAGAGUGUUUUGUUGAAUCUAACAUAUUUUCUCAUACGUGUCUGCAGUAAGUAGACCAGUUUGAAAUGGUCUUCAAACAUAUUCGUCUUUGUUGAAAUUGGACCGAAUUGACAUAAUGGGUGGUCGCAAUGAAAUUGACUGUUUUUCAGCCUUGUGUAACGUUAUUAUUGAAACCUACUGAUCUGUGUUUAGUUUGGCCAUUCUUUUUUUUUCAAAGCAUUGUUGUGUCAAAUAGGUGAUAAGUCGGGCAUCUGUCACAUUGCAUAUUCUCACAAUGCUCUAACUCAAAGUGCAUUAUUUGAACAAAUACUGUCCUUUGUGAUCAAUAUUAGCUAUGAUUUAUGAUAAAUGGAAAAAUGCAUUUCUAAGGUAUUUCCAAUAUUAACAGAAAUUUCUAGCCCUAUAUAAAUGUGGAAUUUUGCUUGACUUUAGGUCUCUGUCUGUGAACAGUCUUCAGAAUAUCUAAAGGCUUUUCUUCUCUUUUUUGAUUGGACUGAGUAUGAAGGUAUUGAUAUGGGGGGUUAUUUAAACUGCAAUAAAAAUACAGGUAUGUCUUGGUGUGUAACAAAAGAGGAUACAUAUUUAUACAUAUUUAUUAUAUGCCAUAAGCUAUUGCAUAUAAUAAUACUUAGAAAUAUAUCUUGAGUGAGAUAUAUCAAAGAAAGACCAUUUCAGUGCAUAAUUUCACCUUUCAAAGAAAUUUUCUUACCAAAUGUGUAGUUCAGUAAUAAUUGAAAUGAAUGUAAUGUUGCAUGUAAAUAAGUAAAUAGUGAGUGUUUAAUUUGAUUUGCCGUAAAACAGUACAAUGCCAUAGUAGAUGCUAUUGUAGCGCAGAGUUGGGAAGGGUUGGGUGAGGUGGGAAUUUUCGGCAGCUUGAUAAGCUGCUUUGUUGACUAUCAAACCAAGUCUGCUGGGUUUUUUUUGCCUUCUUUUGUGAAUUGUCCUCUUACUAAAUGGCAUUUUUUUAUCCACCUCGUUGACGGAAUGUCUACACUGCACUGUAUCUUGUUUAGACUCCUCCCCUUUUCUUUUUAUGUAUUUGUACAAAGGUGUGCGCGCGUGUGUGCGUGUGUGUAUGUGUGUGUGUGUGUGUGUGUGCACACUCUACUGAUGGCCUUUUUAUAACUGAAAAUCAAAAGGAUUGUAUUCUUGUGAUGUAAAGUGGGGAACUGGACUGUUUUUUUGUUGUUGUUUUUAUGUUUAAAUUUAGCUUUAUGUGCAAGUGGUAACUGAUGGAUGUGAAUAGGCUAUGUGGAGUAACAGAGACUGGGAGCCUUCACAAAACUGGAAAAUUAUGCCCUUGCAUUGCUAAACCUGCUUAGCCUUGUGCCAAGGGCUUUGCGAUUCCACUCGUCAGCCAAACAGAGAGCGGCAGUGAGGAACUCAAGGGCGGCUUUGUCCGUUUGCCUGUGGCAGCGUCUGCUCCGAGUGCCGCUUGUGUUGCCGUGACUGUGGCUUUGUGAAGCGCGAGCAUCCUCUUGUACAGAGCAUAUGUUUUCUCCUCGCGAUUCAUUCCAGAUCCUUCCCCGGCGUAACUGGUAUGAAUAUCCGCCGAGUGGCGUGCCAGCGGUCUCUUAGCAGGGAACGAGAGCCUGUUCGCGCGGAUGCCAAAAAAACGAUGGAGCCACGCACGAUGCGCGCUUCAGUCUGAAAGCGCUCUAUUUUGGGCGACGUGUGCGCCAGAGCUGGCCGUUACGCCGGAUGAGAGAACCGCGACAUUUGUGCACUGCGUCACACUUGAGCCCUUUGUUUUCCACGCUUUCGAUUGCUCGCUGCUGAUGAAUUGCUGAAUUGCUUUGUAACCAUGGCAACGUUGUUCGGUUCUGCAGUUGGAGUUGCGCGCACCUGGGACCCCGCAGCUGGUUGUGAUUGGUUCAUAUUCCUGGUCCCCGUAAUUUUCUUGCUGAUGAGAAGCCUUCAGCCGUGCACGGCCACAGAUGUGAGUUUGAUGAGUUUCAUUUAGGUUUACAAGGGAAAAAUCAUGCAAUCUGUCAUAGUAAUCUACAUGCAAAUAUAAAAGCGAAAGUAAUCUUUACAGAUGCAUCCUGAAAUAAUUAAUGUUAAACAUUCAAAUAAAUUAAGUAAGAUUUCCCCUUACUGUGGUAGGUGCAAUGCUGUUUUAAAUUUUCAGAUGCAAUUUCUUCAAGAAUUCAAGAGGUAAUAAAUGGAAGAUUGAGUAAUCCGGGAAUAAUUUGUAUCACCAGGGAGCAGCUUUAUUUCAGACAAAAACUCGGACAUAGUGUCCUUAGCCUUGCUGUGUCAGACAGUGAUGAACACCGAGUAGGCAGCAAUGACGUACAUGCGCUGCUGGGGGAUUACCAAGCCUGUAUUUAUUUAUUUAAAAAAAAAAAGAUGAAACAACAGCCAGAAAACAAUGUGCUGUUACCAGGCUAGAAUCAUCGUAUUCCUUGCGUAGAGUAUAAUUUGACAGGGUAAAUACGUUGACUGCAGGUAGUAGCGGGUCUUUUCAUAUGCUCGACCCAAACUCGGCCGUGCACAAACACCUAGCGCUGAAUUAGAGCCACCUCACCGCACCGCGGCACCUCUUAUUUUGGGUGAAUGUUCUGACGAGCGUUUGCGGUUGCUGCUUUGCUAGCCUGUUCUGCUGUGGAACGGCGUUGCUGUUGCAGCUGCCUUUGUACAGGAUUCUGGGUAAUUUGGGCAGCAAUGUGUACACUACAAAGGCUCCAGUCUCAGUAGAUGUAUAUAUAAAUUAAAAAAACAGUCUGGUUGUGAUCCACUACGGAUAUUUUGUAUGUAGUCUGUUCAGAUAACUUGUAUUGUUGGAAGAUUUUUUUUAAAGUGUACAGUAUAUUUAUGAAGUUUGGUUGAUACCAUUUCAAGCACUGCUUUGAAGCCUAAUUUAUUCUUGAGCUGGACAUAUUUUUUCUUGAUUUUUAUUUUUUAUGUUUUGUCUCUAGUUGACUUGCAGUGUAAAAAAAAAAGGCUGGACAAACUUCUGUUUUCAUUUUUUUAUUUCCAUUUUGUAGAUAUGAAUUGUUAACUGUUCUGUAUUGUUCCAAGAAGCUGAAUGUGUAAUCCACAGCUGGAAACUGUGAAAAGAUUAAAGCUUUAUGAAAACCA